CCGCUGUGCUCAGCUCCCCCUACCCUGGGCCUGGGAGGCGACCCCCGGUGCGCCCCGGGUUCAAAGGCCCCGCAGCAGCUCCAGCCCCUCCGGGGGGCGGGGAGGCGAGGGGGGUGGUGCGGGAGCCAGAAAAGCCCGAGCUCACAGCCGGCCAGCCCUGUGCUGGGAUGGGCAGCACGCUCUGAAAGUUUGUGACCGCCACAGCCAACUUGUGGCAGGAGCUGGGGACGCAGCGAGCGAGCGGCCGGCCUCGAAGCCCCACAACUGGAGGGCAAGGCAGCUGUGCCCGGUCCCAGUGUCCCUUCGCGGCCAGGAGCCGCCGUCCUCCGGGCCCAGAACUCCCGCGCCUGAUCGGGGUUCAUGGAGCCAGGGCUGUGGCUCCUUUUGGGGCUCACGGUGACCGCCGCCGCCGCAGGAUUCGUGCGCCCCCAGCCUGGGGAUGCUGGCAGGAGCGGCGUGCUCCAGGUGCCUCCUGCAGCCACAUCUGAGGGGCACCUUGAAGAGACUGGGGCUGGCCCCGGAGACAGGACUGUGGCUCCUGUCACAGCAGUGCAGGGUUCAAGCCUUGGAAGCCCUGGGCAGGAGCAGGGACCAAGUCAGGCCAGGGAGCAGGCGGCUGAGGAGGGCCCUGAGCACCACCGAUUCAGGCGCUGCACGUGCUUCACCUACAAGGACAAGGAGUGUGUCUACUAUUGCCACCUGGACAUCAUCUGGAUCAACACUCCUGAACAGACCGUGCCCUAUGGACUGUCCAACUACAGAGGAAGCUUCCGGGACAAAAGGUCCGUGGAACUGUUUCGGGGGAGCUGGCAGCCAUCGAAGCAUACACCCUUGCGCUGUGCUUGUGUGGGGAGAGAUGACAAGGCCUGUGUACACUUUUGCACCCAAACCCUGGAUGUCAGCAGCAAUUCGAGGACAGCAGAGAAACCAGACAAAGAAGAGGAAGAGGAGGCGAGAGGUGCCACCAGAGGCCCGAGACGGAGGAGGGAAGAUUCAAGGACAGACAAAGCAAGUAGGCUUUAG